AUGUACGCCUGCAUCUACGCGUCCGGCGAUCGGGCAGCUACGGCGGCGUGGCGCGAGGUGGCCUCCGCCGCGCACCGCCACCUCUACGACCACUUCGACUCGGCGCCCGGCGUCCUCCUCGGCAACACACUCCACUUCCUGGUUCGUUACAGCAUUGGCAUCAUCAAGUUCGACCUGAUCACGCAGGCACUGUCUGUGGUUGACCUGCCAUACACAUUAAGAUGUCAAGACAGCGCGCUCAUCACCACGGACGAAGGUGGUAUAGGGCUCGCCACCAUGGAUAGUAAGUACAAGCUCUACCUGUGGUCAAGUGAGGCUGCUGGUUCCAUCAGGGAUGCGGGAUUCGUUCUCACCAGAGUCAUUGAUCUUGAGAAGCUGCUCCCCGCCGCCGCGCUCCGCGCCUCGCCUCAUGUGACCUGUUUUGCGGAUGGUGCCAGAGUCGUUUUCAUGUGGACGUUUGACGGGUUGUACAGUAUAGGUAUGAAGACUGAGCAGAUCAGAAGGGUGCCCGGCUGCUACGCUUUCGAUGUUGUUCCUUACUCGAGCUUCUACAUUCCAGGUAGGCAGCAAUGGGAGCUGCCUCGUCUACAGGUGACGACGGACCAACCAACCAAGGGCUAG